AUGGGACAGAUGACACUUGAUAUAUCAAGUAGAGCACCAGGUACACUACCGAGCAAUACUAAGACUAAUCCUAAAGAGCAGGAAAUGGCCAUAAGUAUUUUAGAGGAUGAAAAAAUUGAGGAUCCAUUUGUCAAAGCAAUCAUAACAAGGAAUGUAGUACAGUUGCCUGAGAUUACAAUCAAAACACUAGUUACAAUUAUGAACAAAGUACAUACAACAGAUGAGAAGCAAGUAGAUGAGUGUGAACAAUCAAUCGAGAAAAAUUUGAAAGAAAAUACAGACAAUCCACAAGCUCAGAAACUCCACAUUAAUAUCCCGUUCAUAGACGCAAUAAGACAGAUUCCAAGCUAUGCAAAAUUUUUGAAGGACAUGAUAUCAAGAAAGAGAAAGCUUCUAGAAUUUGAAACUGUUGCACUGAUAGAGGAGAGCGGUGCAACAUUACAAAAGAAACUACCUCCCAAACUCAAGGAUCCAGGGAGAUUCACUUUGCCUAUUUCAAUUGGAGAAAUUGGUUAUUUUAAUGCUUUAUAUGAUACAAGAGCAAUUAUUAACUUAAUACCUUUAUCUGUAUAUAGGAAAUUGGGAUUAGGGGAAGGAAAAGAAACAUCGAUGUCAUUGCAACUAGCUGAUAGAAGCAUCAAACAUCAAAUAUGCAAGGUUGAGUAUAUACUCAUCAAAGUUGGUAAAUUGAUAUUUCCGGCAAAUUUCAUUGUUCUAGACAUGGAAGAAGAUAAGGAUAUUCCAAUAAUCUAG